CUAAAUGUCACCAAACACAAAGCGCACCACCAAAAUAAACAACAAAACAACAGAACUACUGAACACCACCACAAACAACUCAAUAAUCAGAUGUAAAGGAGACAAACAACAACUGCAAAUGCACACCAGUAAAUCUCCUAAACCAAACUGUGAAAUCCGAAACACAAACCACACAACCUUUUAAAAUAACCACCAACAGCAGCCUGGAAAUACACAAUAGUUUCAUUAAAAACCUCCAGAAAGGUCCAAUCGAACCCAUAAACAUCCUAAUCGUCACCAAACACAAAGCAAACCACCAAAAAUAAGAACAAAACAACAGCACUACUGAACACCACCACAAACGACUCAUGAGAAAUCAGAAACCCUAAAACAUGCAAAGCACACCACAGAAACCCUAAAACAUUCAACAAAACCUAACCAGAACACACAAAACCUAACCAGAACGCACAAGUAUGAAAUUUCCUCGUCUCCUACAACAAAUUUAGACUGGAUGCAUCAAAACAUCGCAGAAAAGUGGAAAACGAAAGUAACAGAGAGCAAACAUGAAAACGACAGUUAUAAAUUCAAUAGCAGCAGCAAGCAACGACAAUGCUAACGAAAACGACAACGGCGACGCCAAACUAACACCAUACAAGUGGAACUCCGGUGACGCCAAAACGACAACGACGACUUCGAAGGCCAAAACUGACGACAGAGGAGAAGACAGUUUAGUGGAGGAAAUCACCGGCGGAAUACCUCGAAAUUCACUUCGCCGAAGGAGGAAACGGAAUCGCGCGAAGGAAAUCCACAAGCCGCAGACGGAAUCGCCGACGGAGGAAACGGAAUCGCGAGAACAGGGAGAGAGCAACCGAAGGAGAAGUCAGAGAGCAGUUCGUGAGCAGAGGGGAAAGGGGAAAACGGAAAUGGCAGAAUCGCGCGCUUCAAUGAAUUUUUAUUAUUAAUUUCAAAUUUCAAAUUUAAUACCAGGUAAAAGAAAACAACUUAUUAAUUAAUAUGUGUGCAAUUGACCCUUAUAUCCCUAUUGUUAUACUAACAACACUUAAGAUGUUGUUAUGCUAUUCGGAGCCUGGAAUCUGCUAUGGUCUCCUAGUAAUAUUCUGAAAGAUUCCUGAAAAAUGUCAUUUUCCCAUAACACGUCCUUCCGUUUACUUUUGUUUUCUUAAAACAAACUUACAUCCAAGAAAAUUACCAAAAUUUAGGUAAAUGCUUUUGCAAUAUUAUGAGUUGGCAAAUGGUAGGUGGGUUUAGGGUAUUAGCAGCAGCAUCAACUUUCACCUCAACUUCCCUAAUCCGUUUUGCCGGGAGACCCAACAACCCCGCCGCCAAAUCGUCGCCUCCGAUGACAAACCUGAUGCAGUCAAGUUUGCGGAACACAAACCUUUCUCGAUUGCUCCUCCUCUUCAGCUGGAAGUCGACGAGCCUUCUCAUCCCCUGCUCACUUAUUCGGUCGCGCUGGCUGCUCCUUUCUUAUGCAGUGGUGUGUUUUGUGAAAAGGAAACUUUGCUUAUGGCUGGAUUAUAUCCAUAUUGCUGGAGCGUUUGAGCGCAGUACAGUGACGCUCCUUUGUUUCUUUGUCUUUAUUUUUGUAGGAGGAUCUGUCUAGUCGACGAGUGGCGGUAGGGUUCAUCGUCGGCCGGACUAGAAGCAGCCUCGCCGCUGUGGGCUAUUGCAAAUCAUUUUUUCAGGUUGCUCCUCACCAGCUAGGUGUCUGCUCGUGAUCACUUUCCAUUGGUGGAUGUGAGCAGCAGCACGGCUCUCCAAAACCCGCUCUAAUCUUUUUGGCUUUUGCUAUGCUAGCGGUGGGGGAUAAGUAUUAUCCUCUUUUUUAACAAUUCAAUUUGUGUCUAUCUUAUGUGGCGGGGCUAUUUGUUUGCUUUUAGUGGACUUAAUUUUGCAGAUUGGUCCGCUUCCAGGAUCAAGGUGGAGCAGUGCUGGUCGGGUGGGCCUUAUUGUUUACUGCGGUGUAUUUGCCUGGGCCUGCUUGGUUUUCAUCCCUACUUGGUCAGUUUAGUGUUGGCUUUUCGGGCCUCUAUGUUUGUUCAUUUUGCAGGAUGAGUGGUAUAUUCGAUAGAGGCUUUACGGGCUUUUGUGUUGAACUGAGACUAGAUUUACAAGAGUUUGCUGCUCUGCUUCAAUUUUCAGCAUGGUUAGUUCAUGAUUUUGAUCCUUUUAAGGAGAAAAAUCAUGAUAUUGUCCAUGUCGUUCAGGUAUCAUAGGGCAGGCCAUUUCAUGACAGGAAAGCCCUAUUUUGUCAGACCUGCAAAGAUCUUUUCAUUUUUCAUUUGUGAUUUGACCUGCAAAGGUCAUGUAUAUUGUACUAUACUUCGUAUAUGUUCUUCUUUGGGAUAUCUAUAGCAAAAAAAAAAGGUGGGGUUCAUCGAUUGAACCAUAAAUCAAUAGUCUUUAGUCAUAUAAUACUACAACGAUUUUAGUAUUGAUAGAAUGGUUGGCUUGAUCUUCAAUAUCGAGGAAAUUUAUUUCGUUAAAGAGUAAACUAUGUUAUUUUUUUAUACAGCUAUGGACCUGCCAUCUAUAUAAUACAUAUGUUUAUGAGAUCUGAACCCAAAAAAGGGAGACAAAUAUAAUUUUAGAUGAUAUGAUUCCCUCUGGAAUUGGCAAAAUCGCUAAUGAAGAAUCUUAUGCGAC